AUGGCAGAUCCUUUAAGUAUAACUGCUUCGCUGUUAGCUGUGAUUACAGCUGCCGUUCACUCAACGAACAAGCUCCAUGAAACCAUCAGACGCUUCAAAGACCGCGACAAAACAUUGGCCAGACUUCAAAAUGAAAUUUACGAUCUUGUCUCUAUACUGAACUCUCUGGAAAAUUUGGUUGACACUGAGGUAUCAAUUCUGAAGCUUCUCAAAGGCCCCAUUGAGAGGUGUACCCACAUAUGUCGAGAGUUUGAACAAUCUAUGGAGACCUUUGCCCGCAAAUCCAAGACAGGUUUUCGAGAUUGGACUAAAUUGGAGUUCAUGAGAGGCGAUAUUCAUGAAUUUAUGGAUACGAUAUCUGAGUAUAAAUCCACGAUCUCGGUCGGCUUGGGUACCAUUACUAUACAAAAUGCCAAAGUCUCCCAGAAAGCUCUUCAGGAUUAUAACGAGAUGAUUCAGGACACGAUGUAUAACCUUGAAAUUCACCUACAACGAGUUGAUGAGAAACUUGCGCGAUUGACCACCGAUACCACAACUAUGUCUAACUCAACUAUUGAUCUUAAAGACGAAAAAGAAGUAACUAGACAAUGCCUUCGUAUCUGCGAAGAUGCGAGUCACUAUAUCGAAUCUUUGGCGGAUCGAGAGCCGGCUCUUCUUGGCCAGGGCCAACAAAACACGGCUGAGGACAAUACAAAAAAUCGGUUUGAAGCACAAAUGCUCACACGCCAGGCCUUGCAUGAAAAUCAGGAUAAUUUUACUACGAUCAUCGGUCAACUUCGAAGUCGCUUAGAACACCUUUUGUUGAAAAAUGACCCCAGUGACGAUAAUGAGAGAUCGCGUUUACUGAGUGAUAUCAAUACUUCUAAGCAAUGCUUAGAAGUCUGUAAGGUCGCAAGCGAAGUUUCCAUUCGAAAGGAAUACAGAAUCGGGGAGGUUGUUGCAGAUGGUGAUAGCGAUCAAGUUGUGGUGAAUACUUUAGCGGAUCUAUUUGAUAUCAAGAAAGCGUUAUCUCUGGGUAACUCAGCACAGCUGGUUGGUUCCAUGACGGAUGAAGCACUCCGAGACUUGGCCGAAAAGCGAUACAACAGCCGGUUUGGAGCUUUACCUACAGCCCCUUUAGCAGGGGAGACCCAAAACUUUAGGCAGCCUCGCCCAACUUCAAAAGGCUUUGAAGAGGAAAUCAGCAGGCCGAAAAUGAGGUACAACCCUACUUCCAAUGAAGUGAGAAAACGAUCUGCGCGAGAGGAAAACGAACAGCGUACAUGUCAAUAA